AUGCCGCUACCUCACCCUCCCCCUCCCCUCCCCUCUUUCCCCCACCCCCUUCCCUCUUCCAGCUUACCCACCCUCACCUAUAUCUCUCACCCCUCCCUAUCCUCCUUCCAUGCCCUUCCCUUUGUCCCAUCUAUCCCUCAGCCCUGCCUUGCUUCUUCUAUCCUUCAGACCCCCUUUCCCACCUCGGUCUUUUCGUCGACCGUUACCUCCAUCAUCUCUCCUCCUCACUUUCCUCCCACUUUUCAUCCUCCUCCUCCUCCUCCUCCUCCCCCACCUCCUAUUUUCCUCCCACUUUUCAUCCUCCUCAUCUUCCUCUCACUUUUCCUCCUCCUCUUCCUCCUGCCCCUCCCCCCACACUUCCUCAUCUUCCACUUUUCAUCCUCCUCCUCCUCCCUCACCUCCUUAUCUUCCUCCCACUUUUCAUCCUCCUCCUCUUCCUCCACUUCCUCUCACUUUUCCUACUCCUCCUCCUCCACAUUUUCCUCUCACUUUUCCUCCUCCUCCCCAUCUUCCUCUCACUUUUCCUCCUCCUCAUCUUCCUCCCACUUUUCAACCUCCUCCUCCUGCUCCUCCUCUCCUCCUCCUUCCACCUUUUCACUCAAUCCUCCUCCUCCUCCUCCUCCUCUUCAUCUUCCUCCCACUUUUCAACCUCCUCCUCCUCCUCCUCUUAUACCUCAUCUUCCUCCCACUUUUCAUCCUCCUCCUCCUUUCCGUCAGUAUUCCGUCAGAGAAGAAGAUGGGGAUGGGUGGGGGGGGGGGGGUGGAGGUAGGCGGUUGGUGCAGCCCUGGGCACUCUCCGUGUCUGGAGGCUGGCCCGCCCCAAAACUGAUUACUCUGUCACUCAGGAGCAUCUGA